CACGUUGUAUAGAUGUGAAGAUGCCGUCAGCAUCUUCCAAAGCCUGGAUCCUGCCUGCCUGCAAAAUUGUUCCAAGCAGACCUCAGCCCCACUGCUUCCUUCUGCCACUGGGUUUGGAGCUCUGGGUUUAUGCUCAGGAAAUGCACAGCCUGCAGAAGAAGAGAAUGGAGGCAUCCUGCCUGGAACUGGCCCUGGAAGGAGAGCGCUUGUGCAAGGCUGGGGACUUCAAAGCUGGGGCAGCCUUCUUCGAAGCAGCAGUGCAGGUGGGGACUGAGGACCUGAAGACUCUCAGUGCCAUCUACAGCCAGCUGGGCAAUGCCUAUUUUUACCUAAAGGAGUAUUCCAAGGCCCUGGAGUAUCAUAAACACGACCUGACCCUGGCCAGGACCAUCGGGGACCGCAUUGGAGAGGCCAAGGCAAGUGGCAACCUUGGGAACACCCUGAAAAUCCUCGGGCAGUUUGAUGAAGCUGUGGUUUGCUGCCAGAGGCACUUGGACAUUUCUCAGGAGCAGGGAGACAAGGUAGGUGAAGCCAGAGCACUCUAUAAUAUAGGAAAUGUUUACCAUGCCAAGGGAAAGCACUUAUCGUGGAACAUGGCUCAGGACCCAGGCUCCCUCCCUCAGGAAGUCAAGGAGACGCUGCAGAAAGCUUCAGAAUAUUAUGAGAGGAACUUGUCCCUGGUGAAGGAGCUGGGGGACAGAGCUGCUCAGGGCCGAGCUUAUGGCAACCUGGGCAACACCCAGUACUUACUUGGCAACUUCAGUGAAGCCAUAGCCUUCCACAAGGAGCGCCUGGCCAUUGCCAAGGAGUUUGGGGACAAGGCAGCCGAGCGCAGAGCCUACAGCAACCUGGGCAACGCUCACAUCUUCCUCGGCAGGUUCGACAUCUCCGCCGAGUACUACAAGAAAACGCUCCAGCUCUCCAGGCAACUCAAAGACCAAGCAGUAGAAGCCCAGGCUUGCUACAGCCUCGGAAACACGUGCACGCUGCUUCAGGACUACGAAAGAGCCAUUGAGUACCACCUGAAGCACCUGGUGAUAGCACAGGAGCUGGGAGACAGGGUGGGAGAAGGAAGAGCCUGCUGGAGUCUGGGAAAUGCCUACAUCUCACUGGGGAGCCACGAACAAGCUUUGCACUUCGCAAGGAAACAUCUUGAAAUCUCCCAAGAGAUUGGGGACCGGAGCGGGGAGCUGACGGCACAGCUGAACGUGGCCCAGCUCAGGUCAGCCCUUGGCCUGAGCCCUGGGGAUGAGGACGUGGGUGCAGCUCAUCACUCUUCUGGCUAUGAAGCACAAGGAGCCAGGCCAAAGAGACUCCAAAGGAACAGCAUGGACAGCUUAGACUUCCUCAAGUUCCCUUCUGAAAAGGACCAGAAUGGGGACAGCCACCACGUGGGAGACCUGAAGAUCUCGGGGAAAGAGUUCCUGUCGUUACCCGCGAGGACGAGGAAAUACCGGGAACACCCGUCCAGUUCGGAGAGGAAGUCCCAAGGGCCAAGUGCAUCACCCUUGGAUGCUGGGGAAGUCCGAGUGCAGGUGUCACAGUCGAAAAUCAACCGGACCCCUUCGGAUGAGGAAUGCUUCUUUGACCUGCUGAGCAAGUUCCAGAGCAACCGGAUGGAUGACCAGCGCUGCCCGCUGGAGGAGUGCCCGUCGGAGGCUGCGGAGGCAGCUGCCACCCCGGUGCCUGCCCUGGGAGAGCGGAUAUCGCAGUCUGCCCUGAUGGCCUCUCCGCAGACAGAGGAGUUCUUCGACCUCAUCGCCAGCUCCCAGAGCAGGCGCCUGGAUGACCAACGUGCCAACGUGGGCAACCUGCCGGGGCUGCGGAUAACCCACAACAACCUGGGGCACCUGCGUGUCGAGGGGGACGCCCAGGAGCCCGGAGAUGAGUUCUUCAACAUGCUCAUGAAGUGCCAGUCCUCCAGGAUCGAUGACCAGCGCUGUGCCCCCCCUGAUUCCAUCCCCCGCGGUCCCACCAUGCCGGAUGAAGACUUUUUCAGCCUCAUCCAGCGUGUCCAGGCCAAGCGCAUGGACGAGCAGCGGGUGGAUUUGGCCUCGACCCAGGAGGAGGCUGAGGAGGAGCAGCACAGGCCUGGUUCCAGCUAAGAACUGGGGUUUGGUCUGGGGUGGGGGUUUGUUUUGGCUUUAUUUGGGUUUUUUCUUUUUUUUUUUUUUUUUUUAAGAA